AUGUUACCAAAUCUGAUUCUCUCUAAUCUAGAAUUAAACAGUUGUCUCAACUGGUCGCGUUUCAGGAUUCAUCCAUUGUCUCAACUGGUUGCGUUUCAGGAUUCAGCCAGUGUGAUAGCUUCUGCUGAUCACUGGAUGAAUUUAGUCUUAUUUAAUCCUAAUAACUGUUAUCGUACAAAAAUAAACCUGGACAGAAUUCGAUUGGUCGCAUCUCUCACUCUCUCUUCUUUUCGUUCUUGUUUUCAUGCUCACGUUAUAUGGAAACUAAAAUCGUUACUUCUUGUACUGAAUUACCAGAAGAAAAAAAUACAAGUUAUUGAUAAUUUGCAUAAUUUGAGGGUCCACGACACUUUUGCCAACCUCUCAUUUCUCGCGCGCGUCGCUGAUUGCGAACCGACCACACAGCGCCCGACAAGACCUAGCUCUGUCUUCAAAUUUUCUGCCACUAACAAGACCCGUCGCUCUGCUAUGAAAAGUGCGUCACUUCAGUUAAUUUAUCCCGCCCAAAACUGUGAUGGUUCACGUCCCGUCGCAGUCAUCCAAUUAACCGCCGUUCCAGCCAACAGGAAUAAUUCGGGACUUACUACCCCGAAAAGAAUCGAGUCGUCGAACAGAUCGCGGAGGGAAAUUGUAAGAACAUUUUUGGUCCUUCGAGCCGGAUACAUCCGAACAAUCUACGCAGCAACUACACCGCAACAAGAACAACGAAAAGAGCAAAUAGCCAGACGUGCCGAAUUGGUUUCUCUACGUGGCUCUAUCAAGAGGAGAAUAACCAAAUUUAAAAACUAUUUGGAAAAAUCUGGACCACAUGCUUCCAAGGAUUACAUCGAGAAACAACUGCAUCUCAUCAACAAUGAAUACGUCAAAUUGCCUGAGCUCACGGUAGAACUGGAGACACUCGAACCAGAAGGGAACCAUGCAGAAAAUGCAGAAACCGUCGAAGAUGAUUAUGAAGAAAUUCAAGUGCUGGUCCGUAAAUUCAACUCUCCACACCUGGGCCAAGGUCAGGCCAUCACGAGACAAACCAGUAGCACGUCCACAAUCCACUCACAGCCAGCGUAUCACGAUUACCUCAAAACAAUACCGCGAAUGGAAGCCAAGAAAUUCGAUGGGAAAAUCGAAAAUUGGCGAACAUAUCGAGAUUGGUUCGUCUCCACAAUCCACAAGCGAGAAUGUCUCACGGACAGUGAGCGACUAGAUAUUCUGAAGCGAACAUUGGAAGGAGAAGCGUUAGCCACCAUUGAAGGCUUUGCAGUCACCGAUGAGAACUUCGAUGUUGCUUGGGAACUCCUAAAGGACAUCUACGACGUCGAAUGGCUGCUCAUACUGAGACAUUUUGACUUGUUAAUGGAAACCCCGAGCAUGAAGAAGAAUUCAUCAGGAGAAUUGAGAAGAGUGCUCAAUCACGUUCAAACUCAUGCCCUGGCCAUGAAAGCCCUUGGUGAAAACAUCGAGGCAUGGAACACACCUCUUGUUCACAUCAUCCUCAAACGACUUCACCAUGACACCUACAGAGAGUGGAAUCGACAGAAAAAGGGAAAGAAGAUGCCCAAUUAUCAAGAGCUGCUGGAAUUCCUACGUGAAGAAUCCACAAAACUCACUGAUGUCUCCCCAAAGUCCCCUAUCAAUGGCUCCAAUACCUCAGCAACCAUCAUGAACAAAAGGAGCAAGAACAACAGGGACAAUAUGAGGACACAAGUAUUGCUCACUGAUACAGGGGAAACAAUGUGUCGUAUUUGUAAAGAAGAUCACGCAGUUGAUACCUGCGCUAAAUUAUUAGCCCUCUCCACAACGGACCGCAUUCAAGCAGCACGACAAGCACGGCUAUGUCUCAACUGCCUCACUCCAGGUCACAAGACCCGAACGUGCAAGGAGGAUAGGUGCGAUAACACUCAACGACAACCAUUAGUGACCCUGGUGGCCUCUCUACCAUCAAAAGAUCUCAUUGUGACAGCAAUUAUACUCGUAUUCGAUAAUCAAGGGACACCAAUCAAAUGUCGAGCUGUGUUAGAUACAGGCUCCACAACGAAUUUCAUGACAGGGGACUUGGCGAAAAGAUUGAGAAUUCCAAUGGAGCGAUGUUCGAUUCCAAUAUCGGCGAUCGGCAGCACUCGAUCCGCCACAAACUACCUAAUUAAAGCAAGGAUCCAGUCGAGAGUCAACGCAUACUCGAGAACACUAAAUUUCCUGACGGUAUCAGAACUUGGAGGAUUCCAUCCUAAUGAACCAAUUGAUAGAAGUGUUCUCCAGAUACCGAAAAAUAUUACAUUAGCAGACCCCCAUUUUGAUCGCCCCGCCCCAGCAGAUAUGCUAUUGAGUGCUGGAACUACACUCUCAUUGCUGUGCCAAGGACAAAUCAAAUUGGAUAAGUCUGGACAACCCGAUCUUAUCAUCCAGAGUACUCAACUCGGAUGGAUCAUCGGGGGGAGCGUUAUGGCAUGCAAACGCCCCCAACACAUUUCAUCAACGUCUAAUCUCCUCUCCGAUGCUGAACUCAACAUUGAGAAAUUUUGGGAACUGGAAGCUCUGCCAAAACGACGUUUUCUCUCCAAAGAAGAAGAAGCCUGUGAAAAAUACUUCAAACUUCACACCUAUCGAGACCAUGAGGGAAAAUACGUUGUAUCACUACCCUUUAAUGAGAAGAAACCCCUCAUUUCAGCCUCAAGGAUCAGAGCCGAAAGAAUGCUGAAACAACUGUUAAGGAAAUUCACGCAAAACGAAGCUCUAGAGAAACAGUAUCGGGAUGUAAUGCAGGAAUAUAUCGAUCUAGGCCACAUGUCUUUAGUAAACGAAGCAGAGGCACGAGACACGCAGUUCUACAUGCCUCACCACGCAGUGUUCAAAACGACUAGUCUCACAACCAAGGUGAGAGUCGUAUUCAACGCCUCCGCGAAGAGUGGAGAAUUUGAUACAUCGCUGAAUGACGCUCUUAUCACAGGACCAACCAUUCAGGAUGAUAUCUUCAGUUUGUUAAUCCGUUUCAGAACUCAUCAAUAUGUACUCACCGGAGAUGUGGAAAAAAUGUACAGACAGUUCUGGGUGAACAAGGACGACAGGAAGUAUCAGCGCAUUCUCUGGGUUGACGUGUCAAACAAUAUUCAGACGUACGAAUUAAACACCGUCACCUUUGGCGUUGCCUCUGCGCCCUUCUUAGCCAUCCGUUGCCUCCAGCAAUUAGCUAGCGAUGAAGGCCAUGAUUACCCAGAAGCUGCUCUACGAAUCCAGCGAGACAUGUACGUUGAUGACUUAUUGACCGGUGCAGACAAUAAGGAAGAUCUCAUUAAAAUUCGCGAAGAUAUUAAUUUCAUUCUCACGAAAGGACACCUGAACAUGAGACAGUGGGCCUCAAACGACCCAGGGGUUCUCAAGGGACUACCUGAAACGAACGUUAAUAUGCGACUUCAAGGCGGCGACGAUGCCACAAUAAAGGUAUUAGGGCUUUACUGGAACUCAAACAAUGACUCCAUGGUAUAUACCGUUGAACCAAUACCAUUCAUUAAAAACGUCACCAAGAGAAAAAUUUCCUCCGACCUCGCUAAAAUAUUCGAUCCCCUUGGACUCGUUGGACCUGUCAUCAUGAAAGGAAAAAUCAUCUUGCAGCAAUUGUGGAAGGAGAAACUCGGUUGGGAUGACCCAGUCCCUCUGUCCAUAUAUACAGAAUGGAAAACUUAUCUGCAACAACUCCCCUUACUCAACAAUACGCAAUUUCAAAGGAAGACAAUUCUCUCCGAAGCUAUAGAGGUACAACUACAUGGCUUUUGCGACGCUAGCGAUCAGGGCUAUGGUGCGUGUGUCUACCUGAGGACAACUGACCGCAGCAAUGAGACCCAAACGUACCUGCUCUGCGCAAAGUCUAGAGUUGCCCCUAUCAAUAAAAAGGCUACGAUCCCGAGACUCGAAUUGUGCUCCGCAUUAUUGCUAGCUGAACUCGUUGAGUCAGUUGAAAAUACAAUCACACAAAAAAUACCGCGUCGAGUGCUCUGGUCCGAUUCGAUGAUUGCCCUGCAUUGGAUAAAUACUCCUCCACACAAACUCACUGUCUUCGUGGCAAACAGAGUGUCGGGAAUCUUGGAGAAAUGCUCCAAUGCAGAAUGGAGACACGUAAGGACCAAUGACAAUCCAGCCGACCAUAUUUCCAGAGGAUGUUUGCCAGAAGAUUUCACCGAAGGUAUCAACUGGAAGACAGGACCUAAGUGGCUCAAUUCAACCGAAGAUCAAUGGCCAGAAUCAAAGCUCCUCAUCCCUCCAGAAGUACCCGAGAUGCGGAAGGUCUAUUGCCUCUUAAGUAUAACCCACAAUAGGCUCCUAAGUAAAUUUUCAUGUAUCGGAAAGCUGAGGAGAGUCAUGGCUCUCUUCCUACGCUUAGCGACCAAGAAGAAAGGUCCAAUAACCGUAGAUGAAAUUCAAGACGCAAAUGACCACAUCAUCAGAUUGGUACAAGCAGAAUGUUUCAACGACGAAUUGAGAAUGUUGAAGCAAGGAAAUGAACUCCCACCCAAGCAUAGAUGGCUAGCAAUGAGUCCGUACCUAGAUGCGAAGGGUUUGAUAAGAGUAGGAGGCAGAUUGAGAAACGCCAACAUCAAAUACUCAGAGAAACAUCCUUUGAUUUUGCCCAAACAUCAUCAUGUCGUAGAUUUGUUGAUACGUCACGAACACCUAAGGACAUAUCAUGCUGGUGCUCAAACGACUUUAUAUUCAUUACGGAGGAACUACUGGAUUCUUGAUGCUCGUCAACGUGUUAGAUACCUUAUUCGUAAUUGCACGCAAUGCAUCAGAGCCAAACCACCCCCUACUGACUAUAUUAUGGGUAAUUUACCUGCAGCCCGAGUAACAGAGGCUCGACCAUUUUUGAAUGUUGGUGUGGAUUAUUGUGGACCCUUUUACUUAAAGGAGAAAAAACACCGCAACCGCAAUAAAAUAAAGGUCUGGGUCUCUGUCUUUGUAUGCUUCGUGGUCAAAGCAGUACACCUAGAGGUAGAAAGCGACCUGACAACGGAAGGAUUCAUAGCAGCAUUUAAACGUUUCACAUCAAGGCGAGGAAAGCCAAUGAAUGUGUACUCCGAUAAUGGAAAAAACUUUGUGGGUGCGGCAAAUGAAAUCAAGGAGCUAUAUUCAUUCCUGCAAUCCGAAACCCACAAUGAAAUCAUGCACAGACGUUUGGCAAAUGAUGGCAUUGAGUGGCAUUUUAUCCCACCCAGAGCACCACACGUGGGUGGUCUAUGGGAAGCCUGUGUCAAAUCGUUCAAGCAUCAUCUAUAUCGGAUCACAGAUUGUCUUGUAACAUUUGAAGAAUUUAACACCUUAGUAAUUGAAAUAGAAUCAAUCCUGAACUCUCGUCCACUAACCCCCAUGUCCUCUGAUCCUCAUGAUCCAACUGCAUUGUCCCCUGCUCAUUUCUUAAUAGGCGAUUCAUUGACUAGCAUACCCGAAACCGAUUUCACUGAAAUUUCAAACAACCGUUUAUCCUCAUGGGAGGUCAUCCAAAGGAAGAAACAGGAGUUUUGGAAACGUUGGUAUAAGGAAUACCUUAAUGAACAGAACCGUAAGAACAAGUGGACCCAUGGGCAGCACAACAUUCGAGAGGGAACAUUGGUGAUACUACGAGAGGACAAUGUACCCCCUAAGCAAUGGAUCUUAGGGCGAGUCAUCAAGGUUUUUCCAGGAAGUGAUGGUGUAACACGAACUGUGAGAGUAAAAACCACCACAGGUGAAUUCGAUCGUAAUGUGCGUAAACUGACUGCGCUCCUCACCGAAGAUGAAGACUCAAAUUUAGUGAAUUCAAUUGUAAACAUUCAUAGUCCUGUAAGUCCAUUUCCCAAUUCUUGCUUCGUAGAUAUGAGUAGAGUCAGUAAGAAACUAACAUUAAAAAGGACAAGACCUAGCUCUGUCUUCAAAUUUUCUGCCACUAACAAGACCCGUCGCUCUGCUAUGAAAAGUGCGUCACUUCAGUUAAUUUAUCCCGCCCAAAACUGUGAUGGUUCACGUCCCGUCGCAGUCAUCCAAUUAACCGCCGUUCCAGCCAACAGGAAUAAUUCGGGACUUACUACCCCGAAAAGAAUCGAGUCGUCGAACAGAUCGCGGAGGGAAAUUUAUAAGAAGAGUAGUAGGAUUCCUCCAGUGAGGAAUCAAGUUUAUGGCUUAAUGGCGGUGGGGCCUGUCCCACUGUAG